AUGAACAAGACACUCGUCCCAGAGCUUGCCUUCACUGUGACAGAUGUCACUGAGAACCAGGAGUACGAGUUCCAGGUCUCUGCUGAGAAUGCUGAGGGUGUUGGCGCUCCUGCUGAUACACUUGGACCAAUCAAGGCUAAGGAUGCGUAUGAUGUCCCUGGACAACCAGGGAAACCCAAGGUUGAAGAGAUCACUGCUGAGACGGCCAAGGUGACUUGGUCCCCUCCAAGAGACGAUGGUGGCAGUCCUAUUGUGAACUACCUUCUCGAAAUGAAGAAGCCUUCUGACACAAAAUGGUCUUCUGUCAAUGCUGACUUCACAAUUCCCUCGCCGGAGCAUACCGUGCCAGGCUUGAAGGCAGAGACAGACUACAUGUUCAGAGUUACAGCUUACAAUAAGGCCGGGCCUGGCAAACCAUCUGAACCUUCAGAUGUAGCCAAGUAUGAAACGCCAGUCAAGAUCAUACGUGAGCUCACUGACAACCAGGUCAAGAAAAUUCCUGAUACCGUCACAUUUGAAGCCGAGCUUAACAAGCCCAAUGUUGAGGUGCAGUGGUUCAAGAAUGGUCAGCCCAUAUCACCAAGCCCCAAGUACAAGAUCGAAGCAAAGGGCAAGAUACAUCGCCUGACUGUAAAUGAUGUAAAUUCUGAAGAUGAUGCAGACUACACAAUGAAGGUCAAAGACACAGACCUGAAGACAACUGCUGCUAUCUUUGUUGAAGUGCCUCCCAAAUUCAUGCUUGACAAGAAGUUUGAGGACACCAUCAUCAUGAAGGUCAAGACAUCCAAGGUCAUUGAGGUACCGUUUGUCGCGAGCCCGAUGCCAAAGAUCACAUGGGCUUUCAAUGACGGCAAAUUCUCUGAUGAGAAACGUGUGACCGUAGAGACGAUCCGCGGUAUGACAGCCCUGACCAUCAGCCGAGCUGAGAGACAGGAUGCCGGAGAUUACACGCUCAAGAUCGAGAACAAGUUUGGCACAAUCAGCAUGACUGUUCAUGUCAAGGUCCUGGAUAAACCAACACCAGUCAGAAAUCUUGCUCCCGAUGAGAUCACACCAGAGUCGGUUCACCUGACAUGGAAGGAACCAGAAGACAAUGGUGGCUCUGAUAUCACAGGUUACAUCAUCGAGAGGCGCGACGCUAACCGCCAGAGCUACAACAAGAUUGGCCAAGUCAAAACUCUUGACUACCUGGCCACAAAGCUAGUGGAAGGCAACCAAUACGUCUUCCAAGUUAUUGCAGAGAAUGAGGUUGGACAGAGCGAUGGGGUCGAAACAAAGUCAAUCACAGCCAAGUAUGGUUUUGACAAACCAGGUCCCCCUGAAGCUCCAACCGUCUCAGAUAUCUUCAAAACUUCUGCUGUGGUCAACUGGCAGCCGCCAGCAAAUGAUGGUGGGGCUCCAAUCCUUGGAUACCACCUUGAGCGACGCCUGACUUCCAGCUCCCGCUGGACCAAGAUCAAUGACAAGAUCGUCAAGGAGUUGACCUUCAAAGACAAUGACCUCAAGGAGGGCAUGGAGUACAUGUACCGCGUGAUGGCUGAGAACAAGGCUGGUGUUGGUCCUCCGAGUGAACCAAGCAAGCCUUUCACUGCUAAGGAUCCUUGGGAUAAACCAGGCCCACCUGGCAUCCCGAGUUUCAGCGAGAUCACUGACACCUCAGUGAGAGUGACAUGGUCUCCACCUGAGGAUGACGGUGGUUCACCAAUCACUAAUUACAAUCUGGAAUACAUGGCUGUUGAUGGCAAGAAAUGGGCUCCAGCAUCCAUUGAUAAGAUGGCUGACACAUCUCUGGUUGUGAAACGUCUCAAGAAGGACCAGGAGUACCUGUUCCGCGUAUGCGCUGAGAACAAGGUUGGCACUGGACCAUUCUCCCAGAACAAGGAACCAAUCAAAAUUGUUGCUCCCCUCGUUGGUACUGCGCCGAAGCUUGAGGCUGGCCUGGAUGAUGUCACUGUAGUCGUUCCUAAUGAAGCCAAACUUGACUGCGACAUUGCUGGUGGAGACCCAGUUCCUGAAAUCAAAUGGUUCAAAAACAACAAAGAGUUGACAGCAAGUGACAAAUACAAGAUGAGUUACAAGAACAAGACUGCCGCGCUGAUCAUCAAAGACAGCAAACCUGAGGAUGCUGCCACCUAUAGGUGUACUGCAUCAAACAUCAUUGCACACGUGGAGACACAGGCCAAUGUUAUCGUCCACAUGCACCCCAACAUUGAGUUCGACAAGAAGUACAAAGAGCCCCAAUCGCUUAAGGCCGAGAAGACCUUCACUGUCCCAGUCAAAGUCACUGGUAUCCCGACACCUAAGGUCACCUGGUCCUUGAAUGACAAGCCUCUAGAACCUUCCAAGCGCGUCACCUUAGAGUCAAAGGAGAACUUGUAUUACACUAUUUCUGUGAAGCAACUGACUCGCCAAGAUGCAGGCAUCUACACUGUGUCGGCUGAGAAUGUUGUCGGGAGGAAACAUGCCGAGUUUGAACUCAAAGUUCUAGACAAACCCUCUCCUCCACGUGACCUGAAAGUGACUGACGUCCAACGCGAGUCCAUCUCCGUUGCCUGGCAACCAUCUGAAGAUGAUGGUGGCUCACCAAUCACGAGCUACAUCUUGGAGAAGCGUGAUGCUAAGAAGACCUCAUGGACCAAUGCCGGCAAAGUCAAACCAAAGGAUCUCGAGUUCCAGAUAGCGAAACUGAUUGAGGGAAAUGAGUACUUCAUCCGUGUGAUUGCUGAGAAUGAGAUUGGUCAGAGUGAACCAUGUGAACUGAAGGAGCCUGUCAAGGCCAAGAGUCCAUUUGACGUUCCUGGUCCACCAAUCAAAUUCCAUGUGACUGAUGUGAGCAAGUCUCAGAUCUCCCUUGCCUGGGAACCUCCACUAUCUGAUGGCGGUACCCCAAUCAAGGGUUACAUUAUCGAGCGAAAGUCGAAGACAAGUCAGCGCUGGGUCAAGAUGAACAAGACACUUGUCCCUGAGCUUGCUUUCACCGUGACGGAUGUCACUGAGAACCAAGAGUAUGAGUUCCAGGUCUCUGCUGAGAAUGCUGAGGGUGUUGGCGCUCCUGCUGACACACUUGGACCUAUCAAGGCUAAGGAUGCGUAUGAUGUUCCUGGACAACCAGGGAAACCCAAGGUUGAGGAGAUCACUGCCGAGACGGCCAAGGUGACUUGGUCCCCACCAAGAGACGAUGGUGGCAGUCCUAUUGUGAACUACCUUCUCGAAAUGAAGAAGCCUUCUGACACAAAAUGGUCUGCUGUCAAUGCUGACUUCACAAUUCCCUUGCCGGAGCAUACCGUGCCAGGCUUGAAGGCAGAGACAGACUACAUGUUCAGAGUUACAGCUUACAAUAAGGCCGGGCCUGGCAAACCAUCUGAACCUUCAGAUGUAGCCAAGUAUGAAACGCCAGUCAAGAUCAUACGUGAGCUCACUGACAACCAGGUCAAGAAAAUUCCUGAUACCGUCACAUUUGAAGCCGAGCUUAACAAGCCUAAUGUUGAGGUGCAGUGGUUCAAGAAUGGUCAGUCAAUCUCACCAAGCCCCAAGUACAAGAUCGAAGCAAAGGGCAAGAUACAUCGCCUGACUGUAAAUGAUGUAAAUUCUGAAGAUGAUGCAGACUAUACUAUGAAGGUCAAGGACACAGACCUGAAGACAACUGCUGCUAUCUUUGUUGAAGUGCCUCCUAAAUUCAUGCUUGACAAGAAGUUUGAGGACACCAUCAUCAUGAAGGUCAAGACAUCCAAGGUCAUUGAGGUGCCAUUUGUCGCGAGCCCGAUGCCAAAGAUCACAUGGGCUUUCAAUGACGGGAAAUUCUCUGAUGAGAAACGUGUGACCGUAGAGACAAUCCGCGGUAUGACAGCCCUGACGAUCAGUCGAGCCGAGAGACAGGAUGCUGGAGAUUACACGCUCAAGAUCGAGAACAAGUUCGGCACAAUCAGCAUGACUGUUCAUGUCAAGGUCCUGGACAAACCAACACCCGUCAGAAAUCUUGCUCCCGAUGAGAUCACACCAGAGUCUGUUCACCUGACAUGGAAGGAACCAGAAGACAAUGGCGGCUCUGACAUCACAGGUUACAUCAUCGAGAGGCGAGAUGCUAACCGCCAGAGUUACAACAAGAUUGGCCAAGUCAAAACUCUUGAUUACCUCGCCACAAAGUUGGUGGAAGGCAACCAAUACGUCUUCCAAGUUAUUGCAGAGAAUGAGGUUGGACAGAGCGAUGGGGUCGAAACAAAAUCAAUCACAGCCAAGUAUGGUUUUGACAAACCGGGUCCCCCUGAAGCUCCAACCAUCUCAGAUAUCUUCAAGACUUCUGCUGUGGUCAACUGGCAGCCGCCAGCAAAUGAUGGUGGGGCUCCAAUCCUUGGAUACCACCUUGAGCGACGCCUGACUUCCAGCUCCCGCUGGACCAAGAUAAAUGACAAGAUCAUCAAGGAGUUGACCUUCAAAGAUGAUGACCUCAAGGAGGGCAUGGAGUACAUGUACCGUGUAAUGGCUGAGAACAAGGCUGGUGUUGGUCCUCCGAGUGAACCAAGCAAGCCUUUCACUGCUAAGGAUCCUUGGGAUAGACCAGGCCCACCUGGCAUCCCAAGUUUCAGCGAGAUCACUGACACCUCAGUGAGAGUGACAUGGUCUCCACCCGAGGAUGACGGUGGUUCACCAAUUACGAAUUACAAUCUGGAAUACAUGGCUGUUGACGGCAAGAAAUGGGCUCCAGCAUCCAUUGAUAAGAUGACUGACACAUCUCUGGUUGUGAAACGUCUCAAGAAGGACCAGGAGUAUCUGUUCCGCGUAUGUGCUGAGAACAAGGUUGGCACUGGACCAUUCUCCCAGAACAAGGAACCCAUCAAGAUUGUGGCUCCCCUCGUUGGUACUGCGCCGAAGCUUGAGGCUGGUCUAGAUGAUGUCACUGUAGUUGUUCCUAAUGAAGCCAAACUUGACUGCGACAUUGCUGGUGGAGACCCAGUUGCUGAAAUCAAGUGGUUCAAAAACAACAAAGAGUUGACCGCAAGUGACAAAUACAAGAUGAGUUACAAGAACAAGACUGCCGCGCUGAUCAUCAAAGACAGCAAACCUGAGGAUGCUGCCACCUAUAGGUGUACCGCAUCGAACAUCAUUGCAAACGUGCAGACACAGGCCAAUGUUAUCGUCCACAUGCACCCCAACAUUGAGUUCGACAAGAAAUACAAAGAGCCCCAAUCGCUUAAGGCCGAGAAGACCUUCACUGUCCCAGUCAAAGUCACUGGUAUCCCGACACCCAAGGUCACCUGGUCCCUGAACGACAAGCCCCUGGAACCUUCAAAGCGCGUCACCUUAGAGUCAAAGGAGAACUUGUACCACACGAUUACUGUGAAGCAACUGACUCGCCAAGAUGCAGGCAUCUACACUGUGUCGGCUGAGAAUGUUGUCGGGAGGAAACAUGCCGAGUUUGAACUCAAAGUUCUCGACAAACCCUCUCCUCCACGUGACCUGAAAGUGACUGACGUCCAACGCGAGUCCAUCUCCGUUGCCUGGCAACCAUCUGAGGAUGAUGGUGGCUCACCAAUCACGAGCUACAUCUUGGAGAAGCGUGAUGCUAAGAAGACCUCAUGGUCCAACGCCGGCAAAGUCAAACCGAAGGAUCUCGAGUUCCAGAUAGCGAAAUUGAUCGAGGGCAAUGAGUACUUCAUCCGUGUGAUUGCUGAGAAUGAGAUUGGUCAGAGUGAACCAUGUGAACUGAAGGAGCCUGUCAAGGCCAAGAGUCCAUUUGACGUUCCUGGCCCACCAAUCAAGUUCCAUGUGACUGAUGUGAGCAAGUCUCAGAUCUCCCUUGCCUGGGAACCUCCACUAUCUGAUGGCGGUACCCCAAUCAAGGGUUACAUUAUCGAGCGAAAGUCGAGGACAAGUCAACGCUGGGUCAAGAUGAACAAGACACUCAUCCCAGAGCUUGCUUUCACCGUGACGGAUGUCACUGAGAACCAGGAGUACGAGUUCCAGGUCUCUGCUGAGAAUGCUGAGGGUGUUGGCGCUCCUGCUGAUACACUUGGACCAAUCAAGGCUAAGAAUGCGUAUGAUGUUCCUGGACAACCAGGCAAACCCAAGGUUAAAGAGAUCACUGCUGAGACGGCCAAGGUGACUUGGUCCCCUCCAAGAGACGAUGGUGGCAGUCCUAUUGUGAACUACCUUCUCGAAAUGAAGAAGCCUUCUGAUACAAAAUGGUCUUCUGUCAAUGCUGACUUCAAAAUUCCCUUGCCGGAGCAUACCGUGCCAGGCUUGAAGGCAGAGACAGACUACAUGUUCAGGGUGACAGCUUACAAUAAGGCCGGGCCUGGCAAACCAUCUGAACCUUCAGAUGUAGCCAAGUAUGAAACGCCAGUCAAGAUCAUACGUGAGCUCAAUGACAACAACAUCAAGAAAAUUCCUGACACCGUCACAUUUGAAGCCGAGCUUAACAAGCCCAAUGUUGAGGUGCAGUGGUUCAAGAAUGAUCAGCCCAUCUCACCAAGCCCCAAGUACAAGAUCGAAGCAAAGGGCAACAUUCAUCGUCUGACUGUAAAUGAUGUAAACGCAGAAGAUGAUGCUGACUACACAAUGAAGGUCAAGGACACAGACCUGAAGACAACUGCUGCUAUCUUUGUUGAAGUGCCUCCUAAAUUCAUGCUUGACAAGAAGUUUGAGGACACCAUCAUCAUGAAGGUCAAGACAUCCAAGGUCAUUGAGGUGCCGUUUGUCGCGAGCCCGAUGCCAAAGAUCACAUGGGCUUUCAAUGACGGCAAAUUCUCUGAUGAGAAACGUGUGACCGUAGAGACAAUCCGCGGUAUGACUGCCCUGACGAUCAGCCGAGCUGAGAGACAGGAUGCCGGAGAUUACGCACUCAAGAUCGAGAACAAGUUCGGCACAAUUAGCAUGACUGUUCAUGUCAAGGUCCUUGAUAAACCAACACCCGUCAGAAAUCUUGCUCCCGAUGAGAUCACACCAGAGUCUGUUCACCUGACAUGGAAGGAACCAGAAGACAAUGGUGGCUCUGACAUUACAGGAUACAUCAUCGAGAGACGCGAUGCUAACCGCCAGAGUUACAACAAGAUUGGCCAGGUUAAAACUCUUGAGUACCUCGUCACAAAGUUAGUGGAAGGCAACCAAUAUGUCUGCCGAGUCAUUGCUGAGAAUGAGGUUGGACAGAGCGAUGGGGUUGAAACAAAGUCAAUCACAGCCAAGUAUGGUUUUGACAAACCAGGUCCCCCUGAAGCUCCAACCGUCUCAGACAUCUUCAAGACUUCUGCUGUGGUCAACUGGCAGCCGCCAGCAAAUGAUGGUGGGGCUCCAAUUCUUGGUUACCACCUCGAGCGACGCCUGACUUCCAGCUCCCGCUGGACCAAGAUCAAUGACAAGAUCAUCAAGGAGUUGACCUUCAAGGAUGAUGACCUCAAGGAGGGCAUGGAGUACAUGUACCGUGUAAUGGCUGAGAACAAGGCUGGUGUUGGUCCUCCGAGUGAACCAAGCAAGCCUUUCACUGCUAAGGAUCCUUGGGAUAAACCAGGCCCACCUGGCAUCCCAAGUUUCAGCGAGAUCACUGACACCUCAGUGAGAGUGACAUGGUCUCCACCCGAGGAUGAUGGUGGUUCACCAAUCACCAACUACAAUCUCGAAUACAAGGCUGUUGAUGGCAAGAAAUGGGCUCCAGCAUCCAUUGAUAAGAUGGCUGAUACAUCUCUGGUUGUGAAACGUCUCAAAAAGGACCAGGAGUACCUGUUCCGCGUAUGUGCUGAGAACAAGGUUGGCACUGGACCAUUCUCUCAGAACAAGGAACCAAUCAAGAUUGUGGCUCCUCUUGUUGGUACGGCACCAAAGCUUGAGGCUGGCCUGGAUGAUGUCACUGUAGUCGUUCCUAAUGAAGCCAAACUUGACUGCGACAUUGCUGGUGGAGACCCAGUUCCUGAAAUCAAAUGGUUCAAAAAUAACAAAGAGUUGACAGCAAGUGACAAAUACAAGAUGAGUUACAAGAACAAGACUGCCGCGCUGAUCAUCAAAGACAGCAAACCUGAGGAUGCUGCCACCUAUAGGUGUACUGCAUCAAACAUCAUCGCUCAUGUUGAGACGCAGGCCAAUGUUAUCAUCCACAUGCACCCCAACAUUGAGUUCGACAAGAAAUACAAAGAGCCCCAAUCGCUCAAGGCCGAGAAGACCUUCACUGUCCCAGUCAAAGUCACUGGUAUUCCGACACCAAAGGUCACCUGGUCCCUGAACGACAAGCCUCUGGAACCUUCCAAGCGCGUCACCUUAGAGUCAAAGGAGAACUUGUACCAUACGAUUACUGUGAAGCAACUGACUCGCCAAGAUGCAGGCAUCUACACUGUGUCGGCUGAGAAUGUUGUCGGGAGGAAACAUGCCGAGUUUGAACUCAAAGUUCUAGACAAACCCUCUCCUCCACGUGACCUGAAAGUAACAGAUGUCGAACGCGAGUCCAUCUCCGUUGCUUGGCAACCAUCUGAGGAUGAUGGUGGCUCACCAAUCACGAGCUACAUCUUGGAGAAGCGUGAUGCUAAGAAGACCUCAUGGUCCAACGCCGGCAAAGUCAAACCAAAGGAUCUCAAGUUCCAGAUAACAAAACUGAUUGAGGGCAAUGAGUACUUCAUCCGUGUGAUUGCUGAGAAUGAGAUUGGUCAGAGUGAACCAUGUGAACUGAAGGAGCCUGUCAAGGCCAAGAGUCCAUUUGGUACGUAA